AUGUCCCUGGCGUUGUUUACGAUUUGCCUAAUAUCCCGAAUGUAUGGAGUUGAGGCCGCAAAUGGGCAAUGCAAGCCUGUUGAAAGAUCAGUAUCUGGUAAAGCUCUCAGGGGUCACACAUUUAAAGAACUUGUAGUAAAAGCGCCUUUUGAAUGUCAAAACAUCUGUGAAAACGACCCCAGAUGUGCAAGCUACAACUACUUCAUUCCAGGAAGAGUGUGCGAACUGAACAGCAAAACCAAGGAAGCAAACCCUGAGGAUUUUGUAACAGAUGAACAAAGAUUCUAUAUGAAAUGUGAAGGUAUGAUUAAUCGUCAUUUUCAGUUUAUUCAUUACUUGAAAGAAGAGAGCCAACGUUAACAAGGUGUAGUCAAACCUGACAGUGACAAAAUUGCAAAACUUUACGACUCAUUUCAUUGUCUUGUAAUUUCCAGAAGAUACUUGAACACAAAAGAAACCAGAGGAAAUAUAGACUGCUCAAAUACGAGCAGAAAGCCUGACAAGGCAUGUUAGAAUUUUGAUACGAAACGAUCGACAUCAAUAAAUCUUAAACUAACAAGCGGUAUGUUAACAUAACUCAAUAUAACUUAUUUUAUCUUGACCCCCAUAGAAAUAGUUCUAUCAAAUAUCGCCCUUAUGCAUAUGUUUGUAAUGCCGGCAUAAUUUAUGAAAAGAAAGGCAAAAUCAGUUACUUGGUCUGAAUUAGGAAAUCAAAACAUACAAGGCAAAAAGGUGUAUUCCAAGAGUAUAAGCGCACAAUUUAUUACAAAACAACACAUCAGAAGUACUACUUCGAAACAGCUAAAAUCAAUAAAGGGUGGAGCCUGUUCAUAAGAGCUACCAAUGCAAGGCUUCAUAUUUCGAUUUUCAGAGAGGCUCCAUAUUUCGUUAAGGCUCGGUUAUCAGAGAAAAUAUGACGUAUGAUGGCAUACUAAGAUGAUUUUUACUUUCCCUUAAAGUUUUCUCAGAUAAUGAAAACUUAGGAACUAGUCCAUCGUAAGAAAAUCACUAAAUGACGUAAGAUAAAUACUGAAUUAACGUCUGAAAAAGACGAACACCACAAUACCGUAUCUGACCAGUAACAGUUACCGCCGCAGCAAGAAGCACUCACCGUAUUUCCUCGAAUAAUAGCCGGGGGCGAUUUUUUUUUUCGUACCAAAAGGGGGCGAUUAUUCGAGGGAAGGCGAUUAUUUUAGAUAUUGCUCACUAGAAAUCGUACCCUAAAUAUUUUGUUUUAUUUUUCCACGAAAUAAAAAAAAAUAAUCACAUCAAAUAUACUGAAUCAACAUUAGCAUUUAAAGUGUUCCAAAUUUGGUUCCUUGAUUAAUUUUCAAUGUCAUUGUCCUCUGCGUCAGAGCUUGAAUCGUCGAUCACUGAUCAGUUUUGCUGGGUCAGACUCCACUUAAGCUUCAUCCUCAAAGUUUAGCGCUAUGGGUAACCCUUGCGAGUAACCUAGGGGACUGGGGUGGGGGCGAUUAUUCGAGGGAGGCGAUUGUUUUAAACAUUUCCGUCAAGGGGGAGGGGGGGGGAUUAAUCGAGCGACGGCUAUUAUUCGAGGAAAUACGGUAUGUCACUGCAACGAAAAUUAAUGAAGGUUCCAAUAUAAGGGACUACAUGCCCAUUCCCUGGCGAUGGAAGGUCGGUGAGAAAUAAGUUUAAUCGACCUUUCAUUGGAUCUUUUUUGUAAGUAAAGAUUUUUUAUUUAUCUUUUUCUCAAGAAACAACAGCGAGUUCUCUCUUUACCUCAACAACGACGGCAACUACUCAAGCUUCUCCAACAUCAACAACAGUUGUUCCAUCUUCAACAAUCGCUCAAGCUGCGUCAACAACAACGAAAGCGACGAGUGACCUGUCAGCAACUGCUCGAACUGCUCCAAUAACAACAGUUGUUACAACUUCAACAAUCGCUCAAGCUGCAUCAACAACAACGAGAGCGACGAGUGAUCUGUCAACAACUGCUCCAACUGCUCCAAUAACAACAGUUGUUCACCCUUCAACUAUCGCUCAAGCUGCAUCAACAACGGGAGCAACGACAACAACUGCUCUAACUUCAACAGCAACAGCAACCACUCCAACAACGAAUCCUUACGAAUUCAGUGGGGUAAGCCAAGAAGUUACCAUUCUUUCUUUCCUUUCAAAUAUAUCUUGACGCUCCUGUUACGCUAUUGCUCGCUAUUUUUCCAUGAGAGUGGAGUUGUUCUUAUCGCCCCGAACGGUAAAGGUGUGGUUGCAUGGAUGCGUGGUAACUCAGCUGCCAGACGCGAUUUUUAAUUUGCUAAAUUAGCUCUCUGCACACGGGACAGAUAGCGAGACCAAUGAAGAAAGUUUAAACUCGAUGUGGUGCUCUAGGACCGUGAGAACUAGAACCGCAAAACAUUGAAUGGUUCCGUCUGAAUGAAAUGUCCCGUCACAUUUUUCAGCCAGUGGAAGUAGAUUCGUCCGUUGGUGUGUAAACGUAGCCUUAGGCAGGGGCGGAUCUAGGAUAAAUACUGACCGAUUUUCUAAAUGAGCGCCUAAGGCGCAAGCUAUAGGGGGUUCGGUGGCAUACCGCCGCUAGUUGGGAGAACGCGGGUCUGCUGAGCGGGAGGUCGCGGGUUCAAACGCCGGCCGGACAAACAAUCAAGGCCUUUAAAUAACUAAGAAGAAAGUGCUGCCUUGGUAAUGACAUCUGCAAAUGGUUAGACUUUCUAGUCUUCUCGGAUAAGGACGAAAAACCGUAGGUCCCGUCUCACAGCACUUUCACUGAUCUGUUCUUGUGGGACGUAAAAGAACCCACACCACUGUUCGAAAAGAGUAAUGGACGCAGACCCAGGUGGUGACGUGUGGCCAACCGUUUUCACCACCUUUGUCGUUGUCGUUGCUUAAAAAGUUCCCUGAAGUCAAUUUUGAAAGCCGAGCUGACGAGACGUUACCCACCUCGACCCACACUCCUAAUGUUGCUGUCACCUUUACUUUCGGGCUAAAAGACCAUUGCACUUGCAUGCAGUUCAUGAGCGACUAAAGGUGAUGUUACACAGGACGAUUUGAAACCUGACGACGAUUUUAAGCGCAACACAAUUUCGAAUUGUUGCAACAUUGUUCCGUUAUUGCAACACUGUGUCCCGCUAAAAAGUGUCGUUGCACACCGCCCAGUGUAACGUCACCUUAAGAUAACACUUAGCUAGAGUUUCAUCGAACCCAAGGUGAAAUUAUGGCUAUUCCGCAAUUGUAGUCGUGUAAUCGUUGCCACGGUAUUUGUCGUUGAAUUACAUGAAUACUAUCUUUCCCUUUGACAAUUACUUUAUCAUCAGUUCAUUCAGAAUAAUUCCAUGUUCAAAACAAGCUAAAACAUGCUUACCUCCGUUGAUGUUAACCAGUGCAUGUUGAUCGGGAAAUUUAGGAUAUAAAGGCCUGUUUAGGUCCGGAAAAUUUUGGAAAAGCUCAAUUGCUUUAGGAGAUAUGGCAUCGUGAAAUGUACUUAUGUCUCUAAAAAUAGUAACAAAAUGGCGGGAAAUUAAAAGAUCAAAGCCUCAUAACUCUUUAACCAAUUGAGUCUUUGAAAAAAAUUUUCACAUUAUAUUCUAUCGCGUUGUGCUUUUUAAAAAUUAUUUAUUUGUUUUGCUAUAUCUUGAAAUUUUAAUUUUGCUGUUAAUCUUGAGGCGUCAUUUUCCCGCCAAAAAACGUUAAAAUCAAAAACAAAAAACAUAGGAGUUUUUGGAAAACAAAAUUCUACCAUCCUGCAGAGUUUAAGCUAAAAAAAAAAGACGCAGAAGUUUUCCUACCUCGUAAUAUUUUGCGUCCUAUACGAUCAAACGCGAAUUAAGUUUUACUUAGUCCUUUUUUUUUCCAUUCAACUGAAAAUGACUAUAAUUUCUUUUCCACAAAUCAGGCUUGGGAGAACUUUACAAUCCCAGAACAUCCAGGGAGCACAUGGAUUCUUAUCGCCAGAUUUUCCAACAGUGACGAUAAGAACUGGAUGCGAGACGAUGGACACUGGUGGUAUGACCAAAAUGUCCCCAUAAGAACACCUGAUCCAUCAGUCAAUGCUGACAUGAUCUCACCAGCUUUCUGGUUGGCCAGCGGCAACGAUUUUAAGAUCACGCGUAGUGAUGAUUCCAGUCACAUGCCACUUUUGCGGACUACAGAUAACUGUCUGGGUGGACAAACAUUCCGCUCAAAAAUCACAAGUUAUGGCGACUUUAGAAACGGCACGGUGUGGUCCAAUGACACAUGCCUGGGAAGGUGCACUAUUCAGUAUGCUGGUCAGUACUAUUUAACAGACGGGUUUGAUCUGUCUGGGUGCGGUGGUGAUCUGCAACCCAACAACAAGAUCGGCUUCUGGUGUCACUGGGGUUUUGGUGAUGGGUCCGUCAUGAUGAUUGGUGGAGGAGGAGAGUACUGUGCACGUGCUGAUCACGGGAUUGGAAUAACAGAAGCUAACUAUGCUUCUUUUGUUGAACAAAGCAGCACUCAAACUGAAUAUGAUUUUGGAUACGAUGCUAACGUACAAAAUGCUCCAACCCAGAGCUACGCUUUAAACCUAUGGAUCCUUUGGUCCUAUUAA